GCGGCGCUGCACAGGGUUUAUUUUCCUUCCCUCUUGGGAUGCAGCCCUCUCCCCUACUUGUUUGUUGGAGCUGUGCUAGCAUUUUCAGUGUCAGUUGCACCUCUUCAAUUAUUUUGUGCUUAGAAUGAUUGCAGAAUGCCAGAUCAAACCUUGCUGAUUUUUCAGCUGCACUCUUCCAAUUGGAACAUGUCAUCAGUUCUUGAGACCCUCUUUGAGUAUGUUGAUAAACACCAGGACCUAUAUGUUGAGCGGCUGGCCCAGUGGGUGGCAAUACAGAGCGUGUCAGCAUGGGCAGAGAAGAGAGGAGAAGUCAAGCGUAUGAUGGAAGUUGCUGCCAAGGAUAUUGAACGGCUCGGGGGGACUGCUGAGCUAAAGGACAUUGGGAAACAGAAGCUGCCUGAUGGUACAGAGAUUCCUUUACCUCCAAUAAUUCUGGGCAAACUUGGCUCGGAUCCUCACAAGAAGACUGUUUGUGUCUAUGGACAUCUGGAUGUACAGCCUGCAGCACUAGAGGAUGGCUGGGACAGUGAACCUUUUACCUUGGUAGAAAGAGAUGGAAAACUUUAUGGCCGUGGGUCAACAGAUGACAAAGGUCCUGUGCUUGCCUGGCUGAAUGCCCUGGAAGCUUAUCAAAAAACAAAUCAGGAAAUCCCGGUUAAUGUCAAGUUUUGCCUGGAAGGUAUGGAGGAGUCUGGCUCCGAAGGCCUUGAUGAGUUAAUUUUUGCACAAAAAGAUGCUUUCUUCAAAGGGGUUGACUAUGUUUGUAUCUCUGAUAACUAUUGGCUGGGCAAGAAGAAGCCUUGCAUCACCUAUGGCCUCAGGGGCAUCUGCUAUUAUUUCAUAGAGGUGGAAUGCAGUGACAAAGACCUUCACUCUGGCGUAUAUGGUGGCUCAGUGCAUGAAGCUAUGACAGACCUCAUUGCUUUGAUGGGUUCCUUAGUGGAUAAGAAAGGGAAAAUCCUCAUCCCUGGCAUUUAUGAUUCAGUGGCUCCUGUCACAAGUGAGGAGCAUCAACUCUAUGACAAAAUUGAUUUUGAUAUGGGGGAGUAUGCGAAGGAUGUGGGAACCACCCGAUUGCUGCACGGUACCAAGAAAGAUAUACUGAUGCAUAGGUGGCGAUACCCAUCCUUAUCCCUCCAUGGAAUAGAAGGCGCUUUUUCUGGCUCGGGUGCUAAAACUGUGAUUCCCCGGAAAGUGAUUGGCAAAUUUUCAAUCCGGCUGGUACCAGACAUGAUUCCUGAAGUAGUGACAAAGCAGGUUCAAGAUUACUUGUCCAGUAAGUUUGCCGAGCUGCACAGUCCCAAUAAGUUUAAAGUCUACCUAGGCCACGGUGGCAAACCUUGGGUGUCAGAUUUCAAUCAUCCUCACUACAUGGCUGGCAGAAGAGCCAUGAAAACAGUAUUUGGUGUGGAGCCAGACUUGACAAGAGAGGGAGGAAGCAUUCCCGUCACCUUGACCUUCCAAGAAGCAACAGGCAAGAACGUGAUGCUCCUGCCUGUUGGAUCUGCAGAUGAUGGGGCCCACUCUCAGAAUGAGAAACUCAACAGGUACAACUAUAUUCAAGGUGUCAAACUGUUGGGUGCAUACCUCCACGAAGUUGCUCAGCUGAAGAACUGAACCUGAAUCAAUUUUGUGAAUGGAGUUAUUUUGUGAUCAGAAAGUUCUUCAAAGUACUUGUGGACAACCUUAAAAACUGCACUAUUUUUGUUCCCUCUUCUCCUUUCCAACUAACUGUUGUUGAGACACCUAAUGAAAAAGAUCCAGACCUUUUAUGGAGCACUUUAUGUAAAGGAACCUCUUUUUGAAGAAAACAAAAACAGAACAACUAGUCUGCACAGUUGCAAGCACUCCCACGGGAUGUAACUUCCUAGUAAACCUGCCCACUGUUCCAUACAAGAUGGGGGAAGCCAGGGGGAGGAGUCUACCAUGUUUCCAUGAUGUGGUGUGCAUUUCUAGCAGCUGUUUCUGCCUAUGCAUCUGCUUCUUUAAGAGUCUGCCAUUUCUCUCAUUACAUAUUAUGUAACCAGAAUCUGAGGCAAAUACCCAUUGGAAGAAACUGUAAUUGUCCCGGGUCAGACAAGUCAACCUUGGAAGGUUCCAUAUCAAGGUCAAGUGGGGUAGGAUUUGGGGUUGGUAAAAGCACAUGAACCCUCCUUUUCCCUAGGGGUCUUGCUGUGUCUCUUCAAACACCCGUGCCUGUUAGCAUUCCCUGCACAAUUUGGCAACAUUAAAUAUUCCUGGUUAUCAGUAACAAAUUGGUAUUUUUCUAAAGCAUUCUUUUUGCUCCACGAGGAAUGCUGCUAAAUAAAAAUAGCCCUGGCUUUA